AAACAAGGAAGAGCAUGCAGGACAGUUGAAGUGUGGCUGCUGAGGCUCCUCCUUCUCAAUUUCUUAUUGCCCCAGCUUCAUUGGCUUCUGCAUGAUUAUCCAACUCCUGGCUAAAUUUUGUUAACACUCAUGCCAAGGUUAAAUAGUUUCUACGCUUUGUAUAAAUUUUGCAGGCUUCUGGUUAGUAGUUGUUGUAAAUAGGCAACACUAUUUGAACUGCUUGGAGAGAACACUGAUUCGUUUAGAGAGACUACUCAACUUGCUGGGGGCCAUGCAAGAGACCAGCAUAAGCACUGCUAUGGACUGAAUGGUUUCUGUUCACCUCCAAGUCAGGUCAUUCCUGCUCUCUCCCGCCCUCCUCUCUUAAACUGAAAUUAAAUUAAAGCUGUAGCAAUGUAUGUUCGUGUCUGAGUCUGGCAUUGCUUCCAAGUUGCAUUGCAAUUUAUUUUUGGCUUUACAGCACUCACACAGAAGCUGACCCGCGAUGAGCUAGCAGCACAACUGAAGGCUGGUAUGUUAUCCUUAAACUCGAAGUUGUCUGUUUCUUUGAAGCUUUUUUUUUACCGUGUGGUUCUCAUUUGAUUCCUGAUCAAUGAGCCAGGAAGAUUUGACUUAACAGUAGAAGACAGAAAUUCUGCAGGGAGGUAAUGCGAUUUGUUACCCUGAAGCAGACCCCUAGAGUGGCGCCAGUAAGGAUCCAAACAUGACUAAGGACGAAGAGUUACCAGACUUUCACUCAUCCAAGGAAUUUUAUGAAAACUAUGAGCCCAAGGAAAUUCUGGGCAGAGGAGUGAGCAGUGUGGUCCGUCGGUGUGUUCACAAGACGACCAGGCGGGAGUACGCGGUUAAGAUUAUAGACAUCACAGGUGGUAAUAUGUCCCCAGAGGAAGUGCAGGAGCUGCGGGAAGCCACUGUCAAGGAGACUGACAUUCUUCAGAAGGUCUCGGGGCAUCCCCAUGUCAUUCAGCUGAAGGACAAUUUUGAAUCCAGCACCUUUUUCUUCUUAGUGUUUGACCUAAUGAAGAGAGGGGAGCUCUUCGAUUACCUCACAGAGAAAGUCACCUUAAGUGAGAAGGAAACUAGGAAGAUCAUGCGUGCUCUGUUGGAAGUGAUUGCAUAUCUCCAUUCCUUGAACAUUGUCCACAGAGACCUGAAGCCUGAAAACAUUCUCCUGGAUGAUGACAUGAACAUUAAACUAACUGACUUUGGCUUCUCCUGUCAGUUGAAUAAGGACGCAAAGCUCAAAGAAAUCUGUGGCACUCCUGGCUAUCUAGCACCUGAAAUAUUAGAAUGCUCCAUGGAUGAAGAACAUUUAGGGUAUGGAAAGGAAGUUGACAUGUGGAGUACUGGCGUGAUCAUGUACACGCUGCUGGCUGGCUCCCCACCCUUCUGGCACCGGAAGCAGAUGGUGAUGCUGCGGAUGAUCAUGAGCGGAGAUUACCAGUUUGGGUCUCCAGAGUGGGAUGAUCGGUCGGACACGGUCAAAGAUCUGAUUUCUCACUUCCUGGUGGUGAAUCCUCAGAAGCGUUACACAGCCAGCGAAGCGUUGGCUCAUCCAUUCUUUCAGCAGUACCUCGUGGAAGAAGUGCGGAGCUUCAGCCCUUUCAGAAAAUUCAGGGUCAUCUGCCUGACAGUUCUGGCAUCCGUCCGCAUAUACUAUACCUAUCGGAAUGUGAAGCCAGUUACCAGAGAGUUGGUGACGCAGAACCCCUACGCAUUGAAACCCAUUCGCAAACUGAUCGAUGCCUGUGCGUUCAGAAUCUAUGGACACUGGGUGAAGAAGGGAGAAGCACAGAACAGAGCUGCCCUGUUUGAGAACACCGCCAAGGCCAUUUUGAUGAGCAUAGCAGCAGAGGAAGAGCUAUAUUGAUUUACCUGACUAAAGCUGCACCCACGGCGAGUAAGCUUAAGAGUUUGCUAAGAGUUUAAGCAAGUAAAACCUUUGGAAACUAACAGCAGUCUCCUUUAUGGUUUCCUAAGGAAAAUCUCAAUUUGUAACCAUGUCAACACUGUGUGGGUCAAAUAAUGAUAUCCUUUCUUUGCCUCAGUCCUUCGAGUUACCCAUGUAUACAGCCCCUGCAUGGACUCAUUGAACUCCAAUGAGUUGUCUGCAUCAGGAAUCUGCAUAUUAUACUGAUUCAGGACAUAUUUAAGAAGUGGCCUCUAAUCUUGCAACUGCAAUUAACUUCAGGUACAAAAGACUCUUAGCAGAGGCACGUGGACAUCCUAAGCACCACAAGCUAUGCCCAAAAUGAAUUGGACACAAUUUUUUGUACACAACUCUUUUUUGGCUUGGCAUGACUUUUGAGCACAAAAGUGCAGGGAAGGAGGGAAGCAGCCUUUAAAAUGCAGCUCACCAAACAGAGAAGCCCAAAGCAAAAUCCCAGCUCUGAAGUUUGGAUCCAGCUCAAAAUCUGUAUUCUGCAGCUCUGGUCUCUAUUUUAGAGAAAAGCAACCAAAAAAGAAAGGACGAUAGGGAACAUUAGUGCUACUCAGAUCAUCACCUUGCCCACUCACAGGCAGAACACAGGGGCAUACUCCCUUCACAUCUGGUCAGGAAAGAAUUUAAUUAACUAUUUUUCAGCCGUGCAGAAGCCUCCGAAGUAAGGCGCGCUAUGUUGUUUCUGUCGUUAUCAUUUGCUACAAACUUCCCUAGAGUUCGGGAGCUGGUUGCCCACACUGUUGCAAUCAGCGUGGGUACAGGGAAUCAAGGCUGAAAAAAAGCUGAUAGAAUUGGGGCCUGCGUGUCUGGCUGAGGCUAACUUGAGAUUUCUGGUUACGAUUAGUUUCUCAUGAAAAGUGCAGAUUUUGCCCAGCUGAAAUGAUUAAUGCAUUAGGAUCACAUCUGCCAAAUGGUUUUGGAACAUUUUCAGAGCAAAAUGUUGGAUUUUGCGUUUCUCAAGUUUUUCAUUUAGCAGUUCACCUACAGCAAAUUUUAGAAGGUUAAAAAAACCCCAAAAUUAAACAGUUUCUGCUUGACCCUCGUUGGGUUUUGUUGUUGUUUUUCUGUUCAUUUAUAUCAAGUCAACCAAAACAAGAUCUUUUGCAUUUUCCUUAAUUCAAUCACUCUUCUGGAAACAGCAUUCAGAACCUUAACGUUAAUGGACUCGGCUCACUCUUUCCUUUCUUUCAGUGAUGGGCAGUAUUCUGAAGUGGGACUAGAAUCUGCUGUAGCACUUCUUUUAGUCAGUAAAUACUGUUAUACCAUUAGCACUGCUCGCUUCAGCUACAGCAGUAAAUAUCUAAGCGCUCUUUAAGCAUGGGAGACAUUUUUGCUCCAGGAUUUUAAUGCUUUAGGUUAAAGAGCAACAAUUCACUUUAUACAGCUGUGAUUUAGGCUUUUAAACACCUAUUGAAUGAAGGAAAGUGUACACUGCAGCUAACGUUGACCCAUGCAUUGCAUAUUCAUUGAGAAGUUUGAAAAGGUUAUGUGGCUAGUACAUAGAACUUACAUUGGUCAAAACAUCCAGUGGGUUUGCUCUAUUUAUUUCUAUUUAUUUUAUCUGUGCAUUCGGAAAUAAAUAUAUAUGGUUUUGUAACUGUUUACAUUUAAAUUUAACUGUUUAAAUGUCAAUAAAUGUGCUUCAUUUUACUUAGCUGGUGUGCUGGGGAAUUGUUAAGACGCAGCACUUUUAACUCUUAAUAUAAAGCCAUGGAAUAAUAUUAAGAAUGGAUAGUAAAGAGAUUUAAGGCGUUAACAUGACCAAAUCCCAUUGAAUUUCAAUGGGAGUUAGCGGCCCAGCCCUCUUAGCCAUGGUUUUGUAGCCCCAGCCAUAAUACUUAAGCAUUUAUCUUCAAAGUGCUAUAGACAUUUGCAGGGAUGGAUCCAGGAGGGUGCAGUGGUGCUUUCAUUCCUGCUUCACUCAACUUGUAAAACCAAUUGCCUGGGAGGGGCAACCACAUUUAUCAGCCAAUGCUGAUUCAGUUGACUUCGUGGCUCAUUAUCAUCUCCCUGAUUCCCACUAAUUUCUCUCCACUCCACAUGCCCUCUCUCCUUUUUAAUGGUCUUGAUGUUCCACUAUUGAAAGUAUCCUUUUUUCUGCAAUUUUCCUGUCUGUUAGUCCCUAUUUCACAGCUUUGCAGACUGUUUUUAGUUCUAUCUAAAAGCCUUUAAGUGCGAUCAUGUUAAUUCAGAUGCAGAAACAACUGAGAGUGAAGUUUUGGAGGCACGGUCAAGGCAGUCAAGAAGGCUAGAUUUUGUUUUAUGGAGCUGAAUAAGAGACAUAUAUUUAACCAUAAUGACUACAGGACUAAUGAAGCAGUGUCUUUUGACCAUCUUAACUGUUUUUCGCCUAGUUGGUUGUGGUUUUUUAAACUUUAUAUGUCAUCUAGCAAAUUAGUGCCUUUUCCAAUAAUUGUUUUUGUAUAGUGUGACCCUCGCCCCCAGCAUAUUAGUAAAGCAUCUGGUUUCUCUUUAACUGGAGAAAAGUAUGUGUUGUGUCAUGUGUGACAAUGUGCCAUACCAUCUGCACAACCCCUUUUCAAAAUCCUAGAUCUACCUGGGGAACCGUGAAAUAAUCCAUUCUCCCAACAGUCUUGUGAGGUAGGUAAAGUUUUAUGAUGCCUGAUUUUCAGGUGGGAAGACUGAGGCAGAGAUUGAUUUCAAUCAUGUUUUAAUUUAAAUCAUUGCAUAUUUGGCACUUAAAUACCCUCGAGAUGGCAAGAGGUUGCUCAUGAGUAUUUCUCUGGAUUUCCGUGGAACUGUUUCCAUGAAGUGCUUGCGGAACUGGGUCCACUGGGGCUGCUGCUGAGGUUAGCGGACAGUAGAGCAGCAGCAUUUAAAAAAGC